UUUUGGUAAGGGUGAAAUUUGUAAAGUGCUCUGCCCGACAGAUCGCACUUUGAAGCAGAGUCCUGACCAAAUUUCAUUCCUAGUAAUUUGGGCUUUGAAAAAAAAAAUGUCGCUGGCCAACCAAAUUCUACGCCGUGCGAUUUCGCAGUCGGCGAUCCGUCGUGCUGUUUCUGGACCGUCCGCUGUUUCUGGUCAUGAAGCUGGUGGAUACAAAAUCUGGAAGAAGCUCUCCUUCCUGGUGGCCAUGCCAGCCGUUGGACUGUGCAUGUUGAAUGCUUACUUGAAGCACCAGGAGGAGCACGGCCAUCCCCGGGCUGAGUUUAUUCCAUACGAACAUCUGCGUCUUCGUAACAAGCGUUUCCCAUGGGGAGAAGGAAGCAAAAGCCUGUUCCACAACCCCGAAGUCAAUGCUCUUAAGGAUGGUUAUGAGGAAUAAAUCCUAGAUCGGUGGUCUAAUGGUCCGUCAUGUAGCCGGCAAGUACGGAAAAUUCAAUAAGCCAUUAAAAGUCGCCUGAUUGCAAUUCUUA